AUGACGACCCAACCCAACAACCUCUCGCAGUUGCACGGCCAUGGCUAUCAUGUAUCGGAUCAGCUGCCAGCUGCCAAGAAACUUCCAGUCGAGAUCUUGCAAGACAUAUACUCUCUGUUGGAUCCCUACGACUUCAAUUCCUCACGACACACCUGCCGCUCCUGGUUCUUAGCUGGCAUGAAUGAGAAUGUCCUUAUCCGCAUGUUAAUGAGAGGUGGGUGGACCUCAAGCAUCAAUAUUAUCCUGGACAGCGCUCAGGGCUCCGACAAUGCGUCCAAGCCGAUUUCAAGUCGAGCGUCUAUCAUGUCCAAAUGGCUCGCGAGAGAAUGCACCCUCAGCUCGCGUCACAACGGGGGUGAGCCCGCCUUUGUCGAACUCAGUCAGACGCAAUUCAUGGAUCUGGUUGAUACUGGUCCGACGUCUGAGACCGACCGAGAAACCGUUGUCUACACCGCAAAUAUUUUCCAGGACAUUUCACGCUUCGACAACCUGUCAGAGCUGGUUGACAGACAAGUGGAAGAUCAAUGGGUUCAUUGGGGGCCGACACCAUCGCCUACGCUUCGGGCGCUUUUCCAAGCCAUGGACAGCGGAUUGGACGACGCCGAAAACCCAAUGGAGGCCCCAAAGUAUCCAAUUGAUAUCCACGGCCAGGUUGUUGCAGUCUGUUCCGGCAUCGUCGACCUUUCGAUAGGCAUAGGCCCCGAGAUGAUGAUCUGGGCAUUUGACAAAGAGGGUUUGGCUCGUUGCUGGGCCUUGAACACAGGAAACACGAGACCAAUGCAAAGAGAUGUGAUUUUGAGAGACGGAAGCAUGCGAGAAGUGGACGGCGAUGGAGAUGUGGUGAUGACACAGGCGGACUCGGAUUUCCCACCGACCUAG